AUGGAAGACACUCUGGCCAACUCUAGGCCUAGUUUUGAAGGGAAUGACCAACUCCGGGGCUGUGACCUGGUGCCGUGGGUCGGAAGUCAUCCACAUGACCUGGUGGAGGUGGUGGCGGGGGUGGAGACCCUGCUACUGCCGGACUUGCUGGCAUUGGUGCCACCUGUGGUGUCAUUGGUGCUGCAGAGAUCUUUGUGUGAGUUUGGAGGCUAG